GUGAUGUUGAUAAGGAUAAAUUUGUUCACCGAAAGGUCCUUUUUCUGGCAUGAUUUGUUCGUAUUGGUGGAAGAUAUUUUCUUGAAGCCGAUGUUUGAAGACUGUCGCCUGGAAAUGAGAAUAAUAAAAAAAUCAACGAAAUUUGAAUUGAUGACAAAAUUUGAAUAACAUUUUUUUCGGAAAUUCAUAUAUCUUAAUUUUAAAAUUUUUUAGGCCUGAUAAAUAAAAUUAACUAUAACUAUUCCAAUUUCUUUGGUUCCUUUAUAUUAUUUUUACUGAGAUUCUACUGUAGUUGGUAAAUAUAUUUAUAACAGUGUGAGGAAACUAAUGGUUUUCGCUCCCAAAUCUUUAAAGAACAAUACAGUAGAAUUCUCUAAAUUCGACUGGAGUAUUUAUAACAUUAUGAAUCCUUUUCUCGUCACUAAAUUUUAUUGACAUUCCACAGUAUUUUCUAAUAAGUUUG